AUGGUCAAGCGAGUCUUCCAGAUUGGCCACGGCUACAUUGGCGGCUCGCUACUGGUCGAAUUACUCAAGGACGAGCAGUAUGAACUCACCGUGCUCGUCCGGAGCGAUGACAAAGCAGCUCGACUGAAGGCACUAGGCGUCAAGUCCAUCAAAGGUGGCUUCGACGAUCAAGAGAUCAUCGCCAACGCCGUCAGCCGAGCCGACAUUGUCAUCCAUGUUGCUUUUGCGGAUGAUGUGCCGAGCGUAGAAGCUGUCCUCAAAGGCUUACGCCAGAGGCCCGCUUCGUCCGACUCGGCCAUCUACAUCCACACAUCCGGCACGGGUCAAUUGUCAGAUGAAGCAGCGGGACGAUACGGGCCUCGCGUGGCGUACAGUGAUGACGAACCAGAGGGAUUGGACGCUUUGCCGCCCACGGCGCAACAUCGCAAUGUCGAUCUCAUCAUUCUCAAAGCGAUCAGAGAGGAAAAGAUCAACGCUCGCAUUGCGAUCAUGUACCCGCCCUGUAUCUACGGCCUCGGCAGCGGACCUUUCAACAAACAGAGCAUACAGAUUCCUGCUCUCAUUCGUGGCAGCAUCAAGCUGAGGGCCGGUCUCACUGUCAACGCAUCACUCCACGCAUGGUCAAGCAUUCACGUUCACGAUCUCGUACGAGGCUACAUCACUUUGCUAGACGCUAUCCAGUCUCACAAGAUUGAUCUGACCAACCCUUACUUCUUCUGCGAGAACAACCAGCCGUUUCUCUGGCGGGCAAUAUCGUACGCCGUCGCGCAAGCACUAGUCGAUCAAGGCCUCAUGCAGCACGUCACUCUCAAGCAUGUACCCGACGAACUGGCUGCUGAACUCAUGGGCAGCAAGGAACUCACUUAUGACACCUUUGCGCAUAACUCAAUUUCCAGGGCAGAGAGGUUGCGAGGAAUGGGAUGGAAGCCGCACGAGGUAGACGUCUUCCGCACGAUUGACGAGGAAGUAGCCACUACGCUGAAAGCUGAACACCAGCUGCAGUAG